AUGUCGGUUCUCCUCGAGACCACCGCCGGCGACAUUGUCAUCGACUUGCUCGUCGAGCACGCGCCGAAGCUGUGUGAAAACUUUAUCAAACUCUGCAAAACCAAAUACUACAACUUCGCCCCCGUCCAUUCUGUCCAAAAGAACUUUUCCUUCCAGACCGGCGACCCCCUUGGCCCUCUCUCGACAGCCUCCGACGGCGGCUCCUCAAUAUGGGGCAACCUCUCCAACGACCCGCGCGACCGCACGUUUCCCGCGCUCUUUCACCCCAAGCUGAAGCACCUUGAGCGCGGCACUGUCAGCAUGGCCACGGUCCCAGCCGCCUCCGACCCGGAAACCCGCGUAGCCGGCUCCCAAUUCAUCAUUACGCUGGGCGAGGAUACAGAUUUUCUGGACGGAAAGGCGGCCAUAUUUGGCAAAGUCGUCGAAGGAUUUGACGCACUGGAAAAGAUCAACGAUGCCAUUGUUGACGACAAGGGCUACCCGCUCGUCGACAUUCGCAUAAAACACACCGUCAUCCUCGACGACCCGUACCCAGAUCCCGCUGGCCUCCGCGAGCCAAGCGCCAGCCCCCCAACGACCGAACAACAGCUCAAAACGGUGCGCAUCGCUGAUGAGGCGGCGCUACACGAAGACGAUGGCGUCGACGAGGAGACGCUCGAACGCAAGAGACGCGAAAGGGAAGCAAAUGCGCAGGCGCUUACUCUGGAAAUGAUGGGCGAUUUGCCGUUUGCAGAGGUCAGGCCGCCAGAGAAUGUUCUCUUCGUGGCCAAGCUGAACCCUGUCACUGCCGACGAGGACCUCGAGCUCAUCUUUGGACGCUUCGGCAAAAUUCUCAGCUGUGAAGUCAUUCGCGAUGCCAAAACCGGCGACUCGCUACAAUAUGCCUUUAUCGAGUACGACGAAAAGGCAUCCUGUGAAGCAGCCUUCUUCAAGAUGCAGGGCGUUCUCAUCGACGAUCGCCGCAUCCAUGUUGACUUCUCACAGAGUGUCAGCAGAAUCAGUGAUGUCUGGAGAAAGAACGCGAACAACAAGCGCAGAGCCAAUGCGUCUCGCGGCGGAUGGGGUGGCGUUGACGAGCUCGAGAAACGCAGACAAUACAGGGAGGAAGCCGACCGGCCUACAGGCAAGAACUACAACAUGACGAAGAGCGCCCUCAGCAUAGUGAAGAGGCUGACAGAGCUUUCCCCAUCGAAAGCAAACCAGGCCGAGAUCGGGACAGGGACAAUCGCCGAAGAAGUAGAAGUCGAAGCCCACGCAGGCAAGACCGUAGCCCCGACCGUCGACACAGAGACCGUGGAGGUGGACGCGGCGGCGAUGGGCGCAGGAGAGACGACGAUCGCACAGACUACCACCGCCGAGACCGGGACUAUGAUAGACGUCGAGAUGACAGAAGACGCGAAACCUCUGAUCGACAUGACCUAA